AUGGAAUAAGCAUCUAAUUAUUUUUUUACAUCCACUUAAAAAUAACAAAAGGCCUUUUGGGAUCGAAAUUUUCAUAUUUUGUUAAAUCAGCAUGAUAAUUUCUAAAUUUCAAAUGAUAACUGCACUACCUUCUUCAAAAAGGGAAAAUUAUUAAAAAAAUGGAUACCUAGACUCUAUUCAGUCUAAGGAAAUUAUAUUAUAUAUGGAGAUACUGUAAAAAAUAUGAUUUUAUUCAGAAAAUGAAAGGGUUUAGGAAAUUAGAUUGUGUUUACUUGUAAUACAGCUUACUAGAUAUUACAUAUAGAUAUCAUUUACAAUUGAUAUAUUGUGGAUUUAUUCUAGAUCUCUAUACUGAUCAAAAGAAAGAUUAUGAUAAUUUCAAAGAAAUACUCUAACAACAUUGUAUAUUAACUGAUUUUCAUACAUAAUUUAGUUUAUUAAAACAAAUUGGCUUUGGCUCUAGUGCUUAAGUAUUUAUUUUGGAUAUAAGUUUAGGUAUAUAUUGCGAGAAGCAAUUAUAAUAAAUAAUACUAUGCAAUCAAGAGGGUUUAGAAAAAUUAUUCAAUUAAAUAGAAGAAAUUUGAAUAAGAACAUGCUUUAAAUAAUGAAAUUUAGAUAAUGAAGGAAUUAAAUCAUCCAAACAUAAUAUCUUUACAUUAAGUUUUUGAAACAAAUAGUAAUUUAUUAAAUAAAUUUAUAAGAACAUAUCAAUCUUGUUUUGGAAUUAAUUUAAGGUGGUGAAUUACUCAAAUAAGGAUAAUAUAAAAGCAUCAGGGAUGCCAGAAUGGUUGCAAGGUAAUUGGCUUUAUGUGUUGAUUAUAUGCACUAAAAAGGCAUUAUGCAUCGAGAUUUGAAGCCUCAAAAUAUAUUAUGUAAAUCUAAUACAGCUGAAGUCUUAAUUGCUGAUUUUGGUUUGGCAACCUACAUAAAAGAAUAAAAAUAAUAAUAUUAUAGAUGUGGCACUACUGGAUAUGUUGCUCCAGAGAUAUUAAUGUAUAAAGAGGGCUCUAAGAUGUACAAUGAAAAAUGUGAUAUAUUUAGUUUAGGAGUCAUUUACUAUUAACUGUAUAAUUUUUAUAAAUGUUUAAUUUAAGAAUUUAUCAGACACAUCCAUUUAAAGAUGCUUAAAAAGCUGGUAUUUUAAAAAGGAAUAUGGAGGUUGAUUAUAAAUUUGAAGAUAAUAUAAGAGUGCCGUAGAGUUGUAAGGAUUUGAUAGCUUCAAUGUUAAAAUUAAAUCCAAAACUAAGACCAUCGGCAUCUUAGAUAUUGCGUCAUGAUUUUUUUAAUGAAAAUUUGAAUGAACUUUCAUAUCCAAGUUUAAUCAGUUCAAUCCAGGAGUACAUAAAUAACAAUGAAUAAUUAGUAUAAGUGAAUAAAAGAAAUCAGGACAAUCUUUUAAUUCAUAGAUUGGUGAAUUGAAAUUUUCAACAUUUUAGAAGAAUGGUUAAACUGUCUUUGAGAAAAUACCCUUGUAUGGAAAUUAUGAGAUUCCAAAUAAUCAUGGUAAUGAAUUAAUAGAGAGAUCUCCAAUAUGGAAUAAGAGAAUUGAAUUAUAGAGACCAGCUAGUUAACCAAGAUCAAAAGCUUAAUCCUUAUAUUCAUACAAGAACUUAGAGAUUAGAGGUAAUAAAGUUUCUAUAUUUCGAUAAUAAUCUAAAAAUUCCGAAAAUGAUUUAGAUUAAUCUCAUUAAUAUCCUUACGAAAGCAUUAUCAAUAGAUGCAAAAUAAAAAAUAAAUGA